CUUCAUGGACCGCAACAUCAUCAAGUUUAUCGAACAAGUCAAAUUAUUCGAACCCAAGAGCAAGGUAUUGGCAAUUGUGUGUAUUACCAUGCUCCAGAGAAAAGUUGCAGGGACUAAUGCCUUAGAGAUUGGUGAUGACGAGGAGAGCAUUAAGAGAGCCUGCGAUUUCUGCUUCAACACUAACUACAAAACCGCUGAUAGCAUCCAAAUCACAACCUCUCUCAACUGGGUAGCACCUGCCACGCCGACAGGAUCAGAAACCGCUCCGGCACAAAAUCAAAGCGCUUCCCAGCUCGUCAACCUCACUCCAAAGCCGGAGAAGAUUCUGAAAACGUGUGAAGGAUGUGGUAUGGUUUACUACUGUAAUAAGAUAUGUUCAACUGGAUGUGUACCCGAUGUCUGUUGCUACAAAGAACAUCCUGCUUCAGCAUGUUGACAUUGGGAAGGCAUGCCAGAAGAAAGCUUGGCGUCAACACCAUAAGCGGGAAUGUACGAUCUUCAAGGCUGGCAGAGAAAAGCUACGUGAUAUCAGAGCAGACAUAUGGGUAGACGAUAAAGAGAGUGAAGCGAACACUAAGGAAGAGAGCAAAGAGAAGGAUGGUGCCGGCGAGGGGGACACACAAGAAAAACAUGUGGAAGUGGACGAGAGUGCGGACUUGGAAGACGUCUACUUUGACAUCUUCGACAACUGUGUUCGAAUGACCAUUCGCUUCGUGAUGUUAUUCAAAGCAGGUCAGUCUCGAGCUUCGAUGAAGGACAGCCCGUUCGACCAUCUCUCCUGGAACAUACAAGAGCGACAACUGUCAGCGGAUGCCGAGGAAAGAUACACCGAGAUUGUAAAGCUUGUCAAGGAAUUGACACACACUUCUUUUAAUGUCGACGAGAUAUUUGGAUGGGCUCGCAUGCUCGAUGAAAGCCGACGAAAACUCCAGUUACCGAUCUUGAAGGGUCCAAACCAACCACCCCACAUCGGCUCCAUGGUGUCGCCAGGAUGGUUCAUUGACCCCAUUCUUUCCAUGAUCCAGCACUCUUGCGAACCCAAUGCCCGGCCCGUCGUCGAGGAUGGUAAAAUCUGGGCCCUAGCGUUGAAAGGGAUUCCUGUGAACGGCGAAGUUACUUUCAAUUACGUCCCUGAUCACUUGCAGUACGAUUAUCUCCUUCGAGACGAUACCUUGCAGACCGAAUGGGGCAUUGAUUGCUGUUGCCCUCUUUGCCAAAAGGGGCGCACCAAGCUUCCAGACGAAGAAUGGCACGAUUUUGCUGAAUUACUCUCUCAAGUGUCCCGCCACACGAUGGACGAUCCCCACUGUGACCCAAAGACAAUCGUUCAGAUCGAUCUGUGGAUUCCAAGACUGGAAAAACUGGGCUAUGGUCUACAUGGGGAGUACUUCUCGAUUUAUCGUCGAUUGUGGUGGAUUCGGCUUUGCCAAUGCUACGGUAAGAAGCGGUACAAAGAAACUCUUCAUGCUUGUCUGAAACUCUACGUGGAGAUCGAGCUGGGACAUAUCGGGAACGAGGAACGAAUUGACACUGUCUAUGUUCUUUGCGACUUGCUGGAUCCUGCGGCCUACGUUCGUAGAGUCAAAGAUGAAGGAUGGACCGGACUGCCUCCAGAUAUUAAGCGCGAGUUGGUCGACCUCCACUGCUGCAUUCGAAUUCGUUACAAUAGGAUGGUGUCGCGAUGCUUCGGGGAUUCUGCCGACAUUGUACGAUUCGAAAAAGAGGCAUAUCAACAACAUCUUGGCCAAGUAGAGGAGGAGAUAGGUUCGAGACGCACCAUGACUCAGGGCGAUAUCAUGAGCUCACGGACGAACAUGCAUGAAGGAUUCAAUGAGCUGCUCGAUUGUGUUGGACUUAUCGUUAUUGAUGAUCCGACUGUUCUUGAUAAGCUACUUGGUUAA